UCGAGAACUAGAAUGUCAGCUAAGAAUAAACUCCUCGUCAAAGAAUAUGACGAAAAAUGGGAAAUAAAUAAAUGGUUCAAUCGACCUAACAAAAGUGCUUAUUUCGCAACUCCUGUGAUUCAGCCCAGUUCAAGAUAUAACGUUCAACUUUCGUUCGAACUGAAAUGGGAUUUCUUUCGAACUUUUAUCGACAACGGUCCUAUUGUUUCUUGCCUUGAAUUACGAAUGUUUAGACAUUCAAGGUCUGGUAGGCACCCAGAUGAGAUGGAAGCUUUUUUCUCAAUUUAUUACUCGGAUGGCAGACUUCUUCAUGAAUGUAGAAAUCCUUUUCCAAUCUACAUCAAAAAUCUAUACAAUUGCUGUUUUGACCGGACGCGUUUCGAAUUGGGUGUUCUGGAUAAACAUUAUCCUCGUUAUUUCACAGAUCAUAAUCAGAGCUUGGAAAAUAACAACUUCACUCUUAAGUGCCAUUUGAAGUUUUAUGAUUACAUUUCUCCAUCAGAAAUUUCGUUGAAAAACCUACAGAAAUUUAACAGAAAACUUUGCUCCAUGUACGACUUGAAACUCUUAACAGACUUUGAAUUUAAAAUUGGUGAGAAAUCCCUCCAUGCCCACAAAGCAGUAUUGACUGCGCAUUCAGCAGUUUUAGAAAAAAUGGUAUCUGCCAAUUUCAUUGAGUCAAUGACGAAUAUUGCUGUGAUAGCUGAUUGUUCAUACGAAACCUUCGACAGCUUUUUGAGAUACCUGUAUUCUGGAGAAAUUAUAACUCCAUCUUGGCAAAACUUGUUGGAGCUUUAUAUGCUGGCAGAUAAAUAUGACGUUUCAAUUUUGAAGGAAGACUGUGCUGAUCAUUUGACAGAAUCUAUGACUGUGGAUCGAAUAAGCCAAACCUUGAAUGUUGCCUAUUCUUGUAGAGAUUCCAGAUUGUUACGGGCAACGAAAAAAUUUUGUGCUACGCUUCCAGACAUUUGAGAUUGAUACGGAGAAUCUAAAGACUCUGUUCCAAAUGAAACUGUCAGUGGAAUUCGAACUUUUGAAAUUUUUAGUUGCCUACAUUUAAAUCGAGCAAACAAUUCUGUGAAUUUCUUCUUUCCAGUGUGUUUCUAAUUGUAAAAGACAGAUAAAACUCCAAAAAAGUAACUUUUGCAAACUGUUCCCAUUUGAAACUGCUCAUUCCAGUUUAUACAAAUUCUUUAAAAUGUGAUACGUGAUCAUUUCAAUUUGAGCUGACCUAUUUAAAUUUAAUACGCUUGCAUACAUCUUUUUGACAAAGUUCCUGUUUGAUACUGACCGACGUAAACUUCAAAAACUGGGUAUGAAGUUAUUUUUAUAUUAAUAAACUUAAUAUAAAAUCACAAAAUUUAAACUUUGUUAUGAUAUAAUUUUAAAAUAUACUUAAAACUAUUUCAAGAUAUGCGCUGGACGCUGUCUCAAACAAUUUGCAAUAGCAUUUUUUGAAGCAAAUAACGCUUCAAAAAAAAUCUGCUUUUCAUUUUUGUUAUGGCCAAUAGUCAAUUUUUAUUUUUUACCAUUUUAUCAAUUGUAAUUAUGACCAAUAAUUUUAUUUGAAAAACAAAUUUGCCUGAAACAUUUUUGAAAUUCUGAAUAUGUUAAGUUACUUGCGUAAAAAAAAUAAUCUGAAAAGCUAUUGAAAAUCUAGAUUUAUUAAAUUUUCUAUAUUUAUCGUUAGUGUGUAACACGUUUUUAUGUUAUAAGGAAGUGCUUAAAAGCUAAGUAAAAUAUUCAUGACGCUGAAUUUUGAUGAAUUUUAGGAAAUAUUUAUGACAAGUCUGUUUUAGACAAAAUCUUCUUAGUUAUUCUAUUUAUGUGAUAAAAAUUUGUAUUUAUGAUUAAUAAAAUUUUUAAAAAUCAUAACUCUA